GAAGGCCAUAAGAGUUCGAAGACUGGAAGAUGCAAGCCCGUAUCCAUAAAACUCUCCUCCGGCACCACGUUUCAAAUGAUCAGAGUCCCUUACCUAUACCUACCUUCUUUGGCCUGUAGACUGUUAUGGACUCUGUGAUGAAGCUUCAGAGAGUGCAGCUGAAAUGCAAGAACCUUCAUGAAUUCCUGCGGGGCCUUAGCCCAGGGAUUUUAGACCGCCUGUACAAUCAUCCUGCCACCUGCUUAGCAGUCUUCCGUGAGCUGCCAGGAUUGGCUAAGAAUUAUGUCAUGCGAAUGCUCUUCCUGGGACAGCCCCUCCCUCAAGCAGCUGUGGCAUCAUGGGUAAAGAAGGAAUAUGUCAAGGAGCAGGACGAAAGCUCAGAUAUCUUGUUGGGGCUGCGACUCUGGCACACGCAGUUGCUGCCAGGGGGUCUCCAAGGGAUCAUCUUGAACCCCAUCUUCAAGGAGAACUUGCGCAUCGCUCUGCUAGGAGGAGGCAAGGCCUGGUCUGAUGACACCAGCCAGCUGGGCCCAGACAAACAUGCCCGAGAUGUCCCAUCCCUUGACAAGUAUGCUGAGGAGAGGUGGGAGGUCAUCCUGCACUUUAUGGUGGGCUCUCCAAGUGCAGCAGUGAGUCAAGACUUAGCUCAGCUGCUCAUUGAAGCUGGGCUGAUGAAGAGUAGUGAGCCUGGAGAACCACCUUGCAUCACGUCUUCCGGCUUCCAGUUCCUGCUGCUGGACACCUCGUCUCAGCUCUGGUACUUCAUGCUGCAAUAUCUCCAGUCAGCGGAGACCCGGGGCAUGGAUCUGGUGGAGAUCCUUUCCUUCCUCUUUCAGCUCAGCUUCUCCACUCUUGGCAAGGAUUAUUCUGUGGAAGGGAUGAGUGACUCUCUGCUGAAUUUCCUUCAGCAUCUUCGGGAGUUUGGCCUGGUCUUUCAGAGGAAGAGGAAAUCCAGGCGUUACUACCCCACCCGCCUGGCCAUCAACCUUUCCUCUGGCAUCUCAGGCACCUCAGUGGACACCCACAACCAGGGCUUCAUUGUUGUGGAGACGAACUACAGGAUUUAUGCAUACACAGACUCUGAGUUGCAGAUCGCCCUCAUCGCCCUCUUCUCAGAAAUGCUGUAUCGUUUCCCCAAUUUGGUGGUGGCUCAGGUCACCCGGGAGAGUGUGCAGCAGGCCAUUGCCAAUGGCAUCACAGCGGAUCAGAUCAUUCACUUCCUGCGUACCAGAGCCCACUCCGUGAUGCUAAAACAGACCCCAGUGCUGCCCCCCACCAUCACAGAUCAGAUCCGACUGUGGGAAUUGGAACGGGAUCGGCUGCGCUUCUCUGAGGGUGUCCUCUACAACCAGUUCCUGUCCCAAGUUGAUUUUGAGCUACUGCGCGAUCAUGCCAGGGAGCUCGGGGUGCUUGUCUUUGAGAACCCAUCCAGACGUCUCAUGGUGGUGACUCCUGCUGGCCACUCGGAUGUCAAGCGGUUCUGGAAGCGGCAGAAACACAGUUCCUGAGGAGAGUGAUAGAGUUCAGAACUUCUCUCUUCUCCCCCUUGGUACUACAUGGUAGUAGAGUGGGGUGUCAUUUGCUGCAUCCCUCCCUCAUAACUUUGGGUGAACAUCCUAAAGGAGUUUGCUAACCGAGAAGAAGGCAUACUGGGGGUUGCCUGGUGACUCCUGUUCAGGUGUGAAGAGGAGAAGAGCUGUUGGAAGAUGGAAAACCCUGGAAGUUACAGUUCAUGCAGUGGAAUAGUUAAAACUUCAUCACCUGUCAGCGAUUCUUCCUGGCAGGAGGGUGUUGAAAUGGGGCUAGUUUUGUUAUGGAACAGGUCUGUGCCUAAAAUGUUGAGAUAGUUUGUAGGCACCAUGUCCUGUUCCUUAGAGGACCCACACCAGUGUGUGCGUGUGUGAGAGAGAGACACACAAAGAGUUGAUAGGCAGGUUACUUUAAAACAUCAGUGAGAGAGUGAAAUGCCAGUGUCCUGUGGAUGUUUAGCAUACUGCAUGCUGUGGAAGUAGGUGGAAGAUGCACUGUUGUCUUUAAUCAGUGACAAGGUCUGUGUAGCCCACCUUCCCCCCAGCUCCACCGAGAUACCUCCUUUUAGUAAGUGAGGUAAGAUUCAAGGGCUGUUCUACCCACAUGUGACAAACAUCAACCUUAUUUGGGUUCUGCCUUGUUUUUUUGUGUGAGGGUGUGCACAAGGGAGAAUGUCUAUAACAUCACACAUACCUUUGGAAAGUCAGCAAGUCCACUGGGUCCUAGGACUGCCUCUCCAUGCUGAUGGAUAAAAAUACCUGUUGAUUUUGUGCCUGUUAGGCAACUGGCACAGGGAAAGUUCUUACUGGUCCUGUGUUCCGUAGAGUUUUUUCUCAGUAUUGUGUGGGAAGGGCAAAUCUCCGCUGGUCCAUAAGCACAGCUGGAGUGAUCCGCAGAGGCCUACGACCAGGAGCACAGAAGUUGCACCAACCUUCUCAGCCUCUUUCCUAGGUUCCUAGUCCAGACAUAGUGAGUAAUGAAGCACUGCAACCCUCUUGCUCUCCUCUCUUAAGCCGGAAAAGAUCAAAGCACUGCAACGAAGCCACUGUCCACCACUCAUCUUGAGGAUAAGACAGAGGGACUAGGACUGUAAAUAAGGAGUCAGUGUUAUUUUUAGCCCCUUGGCUAAGAUGGAACUGAAAGAGGCUAAUGCCAGUUGAAUGGAAAUUGAUAGGCAGCGUGAGACUCCAAUAAAUUUGGGGAAAUGGGACAGGAUCCAAUGAGAGCCUAAUGGUAAAUAAGCCUUUUUUCUGUUUGUUUUAUUGAAACAGAAGUAUGAAUACAUGCUUCACCUGGAAGGCAUUUGUAGAGCAUGGGGGUCUAGAAAGAAGCAGUGGUGGUUCUUCACAGUGCCAAUGGCCAAAAGAGCUUGGUAGCUGGGAGUGUUGCAAGAGCUACCUGGUGCCCCAAACUCAGGACUGACCCUGGGGUAGUUAGAAGAAGUGCCGGACUAACUGUGUUCGCUUCCCUGUUGAGCCAUAAAGCUCGCAAAGUAGCACCAUUUCUCAGCCUAACCUACCUCACAGGGUUGUUGUGAGGAUAAAAUAGGGGGGGACCACAUAUACUGCCCUGAGCCCCUUACAGUAAGGGUGGGAUAAAAAUUAAAAGAGCAGAUGGUGAAGUGUGCCCUUUGACGUUAGGUGUGUGACAAAGCCAUGUCCAGUAACCAAUCAGGAGAGUGUGAGGGAAAUGGAUGGUUGAAGCAGACAGUUAAACUGCCAGAUAGGGCUGGGUAAAAAGAAACAGUCAGAUGGAGUUUAGGUCCUUAUCUCAAAAUUACUCACACUAAGGAGGGAAUUCAAAGGGCUUUUCUUUGGAUAAGGGAAAAUCGUAAACCCAUCCUGAUUGUCAGGGUCUUAAGUGUGAUGCUCUGGCUGAAAGCCAGGUUUGAAGGCAGCAGCUGAAUUUUUAAAUAAAAUCUUGUGUCUUAACUUGUAUAAUAAUGCCCCUAU